CUAUGAAUAACAAAAUGAAAAAAUGGCUGUAAACCCACCAUUUCUUCCAGGAAGAAACUCGAGGGAGGAGAGAGAGAUUAAAACUCAUUUAUGAUUUGAAUUUUUUUUUCUUUUCGUCAAAAACCCUUCCUUACUUCAUCCCUUCCUCUCCUCCCUCUUUCUAUUUUCCUUCUUCCUUUUACUUUUUUAAUUAUUGUUAUUAUUAUUAUUAUUAUUAUUCAGAAACAGAGGAAGAUUACAGAGAUUUUCUCCCCCAAUUUCUCGUAAUUUCAAAAUUUCAAUUAAUCGGAAUCUUAGAGCAAAAUUGAAAAGGAAUUGAUUAAAUGCCUUUGCCGCGGUGGUCAUUUUCAUCGUCACCGUCAUCACCGUCGCCAAAUAAUCGGAGAUUAACAAGAGCAAAACAAAUCCGUCAUCUCCGUGACUGUGAUCUUAAAUACUUAGAUUUUUUCCUUAAAUCACCUCCUCGUCACCGUCACGGUAACGAUAACGGUGACGACUUUUUGCUGUCUCCUUCUUGUCCUUCUCCUCAACCGCUCCCUCUUCCUGAGUCAACCCCGAUUAUUUCCCCUGAUAAUAAGUCAAAAUCGGUGUCGAAUUCGAAACGUGGUGAUUAUGAGAGCUUCCGGCUUCCUUCACCAACGGAAGUUGCCAAGGAUAAAGAAAGAGCAUCAGAUUUCAAGCUUAAUGCUCGCAGGUUAGUACCCCUUGAGACGCAGAAGAGUGUUGAUGCUCAAAAAAGGGUUCAUACUCAGCGAGGAAUUGAUGGUCAGAUGUUGGCUGAUUCUCACUACAAGGUGCACAGGGCAGAAACUUGGUCGUCGUGGAGUGUGCCUCAUAAUAUGCAUCGCGUCCAAGAAAACUUGAGCAUAGACAUUACCUUUCCAAGUGCUCCACAAAGUUCAAAUUCUAGUCCCAUUCAUAGCCCUGAAAAUGGGGUGCUUUAUGGAGAUCCAUUUUACUUGUAUCCAAUGGAGUCUACGCGUUGGUCUGAACCAGCAAUGCCGACAGCUUUCCCAUACGGAGGGCCACCAGAGAGAAAUAUUGUUAGUCGUGACACGUCUCCUUUUAGGAGUCCAUUAGUAAAGAGCCCUAUACAACCUCGAAAGAGUACCAGUACUGGACUUCCAUCGCCUAUGCCUAGAUUAUCUAUUGAAAUCUCUUCUCCUCAUUAUGAUAAUAAUGCCCUUGUAAAUGUCCAUCCAUUACCUCUUCCUCCCACACCUUCCUCUUCAGUGCCGGCUUCUCCAAUUCCUCAAAUCACUAGAAGGCCAGAACUCUUACCCCUGAAAGGUCAAUGGACAAAAGGGAAGCUUAUUGGACGCGGCACUUUUGGAUAUGUGUUUGUUGCGACUAACCGGGAAACAGGAGCUUUGUGUGCCAUGAAAGAGGUAGAGUUAUGUCCUGGUGAUCCAAAAGCGGCUGAGUGUAUGAGGCAACUUCAACAGGAGAUUGAAUGUUUUAGCCAUCUAAAACAUCCGAAUAUAGUGCAGUAUUAUGGUAGUGAGAUAGUAGAUGACAAAUUUUGCAUAUAUUUGGAGUAUGUUUAUCCUGGUUCAAUCAAUAAAUAUAUUCGUGAACAUUGUGGGGCGAUACCAGAAGCAGUUGUCCGGAAUUUCACUCGUCAUAUAUUAUCUGGGUUGGCUUACUUGCACAGCAGGAAAACAAUACACAGGGACAUCAAAGGGGCAAACUUGCUUGUCGAUGCAUGUGGAGUUGUCAAGCUUGCUGAUUUUGGAAUGGCGAAACAUCUUACUGGACAAGUGGCAGACCUUUCUCUGAAGGGAAGUCCAUACUGGAUGGCUCCGGAGCUCAUGCAAGCUGUAAUGCAUAAAGAUAAAAGUGCUGAUUUGGCCUUUGCUGUUGAUAUCUGGAGUUUGGGUUGCACCGUCAUUGAGAUGUUGACCGGAAAACCCCCAUGGAGCGAAUUUGAAGGGGCUGCCGCAAUGUUUAAGGUGUUGAAAGAAUCCCCACAAAUUCCUGAAAACUUAUCAUUUGAAGGGAAGGACUUUUUGCGUUGUUGCUUCCAACGUGAUCCUGCAGACAGACCACCAGCUAGCAAGCUGAUGGACCAUCCAUUUUUGAGAAUUUCUCAGCUGCUGGAUUCUCCACCAUCCAACCAAACUUCCAAUCUUAGGACUAAAGUGGAUAAAGUAGCUCAUAGUCCGAGAGAAAUAAACAAUCACCAGUAUAAAAGAAUGCAAAUGUCGCCAAAAAGAUUGACUUUAAAUGGAAGUGGCUACAUCAAGUAAGAAUCCCCCUCAUGCAUGGCCGACUCACCCUGACCGAUUUCUAUUGCUGCAUUUGCAAUGCUCCCCCCAAAAAAUAAGACAACAGGCUACUUGGUAAUUUGUCGCAAUUGUGCAUUUAUGCUAUAUCUUUCACCUAAGGUGUGUUUGGUUCCUAUUUUCCUCGGUGUGUUUUAUGAAGGGGUGAAAGUAUUUUGAAGUUGAAAACAGUAGUCAGGAGUUCGGAAAACAUCAUUUUGUGAUGAAAAAAUGGUCAUCUUUUCCUUCAUAUCCGUCAAGGUCCUUCUGUCUUCCGACUCUUCCAUAUCUUUGCCGUCCGAUCCCUUUUCCCCUUUUCUUCUAUCAAAGAAGGAAACAAAUAAUGAACUUUGAAAUUUUAUUUCUGUUGAAUACACGAAUCAGUUCAAAAAGUUUCCUUGGACCAAACAUAAGCCUUUUUGGUUUGUUGUUUUGUCCAGCGAGAGUGAUCAAGCAUCUCAUCUAGAAACUUUUGAUGUGAAGGUGAGCUUUUUCCAUUCACCAAGAUCUAUUCUUGAGUCCAUUACAUGACAAUCUCCUCUGCAUUCGGGUUCCUCCCUAAAUUUGUGGUGUAUUCAAUUACAAAUAUCAUAGAAUUAUGAUUGGGAGCAUAGUGCAAAACAAGGCUGCAUCAUAUCGAUUAUUGUAUCGUUCAAGUUAUAAAGAUUUUUGAUCUAUCAACCUGAUAUUACCGACAUUGCAAAGGUCAAAAGAAUGAUGUUUUGGGCUUGUUCAAAGGAUAUCCUGUGGGCUUUGCUGAUUUUCGGUGAUACGAAAACUAUAUCAUUUUGUCACCACAUCACCGGUACCAUUACCAUUACCACAAUGCUAACCAUAACCAAUUCUUUUGCACUAAGAUUUGAAGACCGAAAAAAAGAAUGCUCUUCUCAAGCUUUGGAAUUCAUGAGGGGGUUUUUGGGAUUUAGAAGACAUAUAUGAUGAACACCACACGGUAGUCUGAACAUUCUUUUGCCGUUUUUGGAGUUGCCCAUCCAGGUUAUUUGCAAUUUCCUCGACUGCUGUUUCUGAGGAUUAUGAUCUUUCAUGUGUGUUUUCAGAAUAUGAAAUCUCUCCGAGGGCAGUGCUUAUAGAGACACAUAACAAGUAGAGUUUGAAUACAGGUAUAUAAAUCCUCAAGAAGCUAAUCCCAUGUAUCAACAAUUUGAAUGUGAUCAUGAUUCAUGAUGAUUCUAUAGUGCAGCCCUGCAAGUGUUGCGAAGCUGAACCCCUUCUAAAACAAUCUGAAUGACAUGAUGAUAUGUUGUAUGUAUAUAUAGUAAUUAUCUUUAGCAUCAAAUAUCAGUGGUAAAUAUUCUUAUAAUCUAAUCUUUUGCUAAUUACUGAGCUUGCAGUAGCUGCAAUCAUCAACUUCUCUCCUUUUUACCUAAAAACUGUAUUCUUUUCUAGUAUUCCAUUGUUCGACUAUCCUUUGACCCGGCCCAAUCCGGCUUGUUAUAUUUAAUUAUUAUGCAAAUUUACUUUAAACUAUAUAUGAUUCAACUGCAAGCAACAAAUUAAUAUCGAUUACUAAAAUUUCCACAGGUUAAUGUUAUGUAUUUUGUGGCGAACUUUUUUAUACGCUACUUGAAUAUGUCUGGUAAGUAAUUUUGUAAGAAAAAACUGGAAGUAAUUAAUACACAAAGAAAAAGUUAGAAAAAACUUGCAGGUGAUACUUGUAAACCUAGAAGUACUAAGCUACCAUCAUUCUUAGAGAUAUUAUGCAGUGUAUUAGCAACAAUUCCACUCAGUGCUAUAAAGUGGGUAUGUUGAAUGCUAGUGAGCACAUAUUAUAAUAUA